UUCUAAACUAUAUAAAGCCAAGAUAAUAUUGUUCAUGUAUGAAAGUGUAUGAAAUUUUAACUGUAUAAUUUUAAGAUUUUAAAGUAUAAUGUAAUGUAUAAAAGCACAGCAUACUUAGAAAUUUGCCUGGCUAUUGACUAUUUUCAUUCAGUAAUUUCCCUUUUACAUAUAAUGUACAUUAUAUGGCAGAGAACUUUAAGUAAUGAUCAAAAUGAUAGUUGACUUUUAAUAAACUGCUGAAACUAAUGCAUUUCUCCUCUUCAGGGCGUGGGGUUUUCACCACUAGAGCUUUUUUCAGACGUGAUUUCGUUCUUGAAUACAGAGGUGAACUUCUGAGUUCAGAAGAAAGUCUUGACCGAACUGAACACUACACUGAGGCUGAGAACGCGUUCCUGUUUGACUUUCAGUGGCGUGGCAGAAAUUGGUGCAUGGAUGCAUCUAAAGAAGACUGUUCCUUGGGAAGACUUGUAAAUGACGAACACAGAAAUCCUACUUGCAAAAUGAGAACCCUUGAAGUGAGCAGGAAACCUCACCUGUGUCUCUUUGCUGUGCGAGACAUUCUACCAGGGGAAGAAAUCACUUUCAAUCACGGAUACUCAGAUUGGCCAUGGCGAGUCAAGCCUUUGAAUCAAGCAUCAACUGAAUCCUCUGAUAAAAAGCCAUCCAUCAGUUUGGGUCCGCAGAGAUCGCCCCAUUGUGCUGCUCCUGUUUCUUCACCUGGAUUGGACGAGGUGAACAGCAGUGGUCCACAUAAGCAGUCAGGCAAAGCAAGAACAUCAAGAAAAAACGUCGCGUCUGCAACUGAUGCAUCCUCUUCAUCGGCACCCUGUGCUGUGUCCACCUCUGUGAUGACCUCAUCACCGUCACCGUAUUACCGGUUACCAGAGGGGACACUGCAGUUGACAAAAAUGAGUAAAGUCCUAAUGGCCAUGGAGAAAGGAACACUGUCUGACUUCAAAGGAAAGAAACUUGACGACAUUGAAAUUGACCCAAAUGAGCAACUUGAGGCUCAAGGUGAUUCCAUGUCAAGUGAUGAGGAGGAUUACAGUGACGUAUCUCAGACAACAGCACCAGCAGAGACUGAUCCACCUGUUCAAUCUGAUCAAUCUGUUUCACAAGAGGAUCAAGGUUCUUCAAAUGCUCCAAAAAAGAAAUGGGAGGACAAUGAGGUAAAAGCAGUAGAGAGACACAUGAUGAAGUUCAUCAAGACAUGCAAAGUUCCUGGUAAGCAAGACUGUGAAAGAUGCAUUCACGCAGAGCCAGAAGCUUUGAAGCAGCGAACAUGGACUGGUGUGAAAAAUUAUGUGCGGAACAGGAUCACGACUCUUAAAAGAAAGGGUGGUUUGUGAGGAGGCACAAACACAAAAACACUUCAGUGCCUUUUAUAACUUCUUUACUGUAAAAAAAUAAAUAUAUAAUAUAUAAAAAUACUGUAAAAAUAUAAUAUGAUGUGGAAAGUGUUAAAAGUAUUAUUUGACUUAUUUGUGUGAAGAGAGUGGCUCAACUAGCGACCAGCUCAUUGAAGGUGCUGUACAUUAACGUUGUUAGCAAAAGACUGUACUGCUAUGUUACAUAAACUAAUCAAAAAUAAUCUGUACCAUUUAUCCCAAGUAAAAUAAUCCCAUAUUA